AUGGUUUCCUUACCUCCAACAGUAUUAACAUCUCUUGGUACACUUCAUACCAAAACUUACUAUUCAGAGAUCCCGGAAGUUAUUAAGAAUGGUGUUUCCUCAUCGCCAGUGAUUCUUGGUGUAGAUGAAGCUGGACGUGGUCCAGUAAUGGGCCCUAUGGUAUAUGGUAUUAGCUAUUGUACAAAGGAGUAUCAGGAUACAGUUUUAAUUCCAAAAUAUGCAUUUGAUGAUUCUAAGAAAUUGACAGACAAUAUACGUAGAAAUUUAUUCAGUAAAAUGUAUGAUCAAAAUGGCGAUGGAACUGGUGAAAUUGAGAUUGAUGGAGUGGGAUAUGCUACAACUGCAAUCACGCCUGUUGAUAUUUCAAGUGGUAUGUUAAGAUAUCCACCUUCUCAAAAUUAUAACUUAAAUGAACAAGCCCAUGACGUUACUAUGAAUUUAAUACAAGGGUUAGUAGAAAAAGGUGUUACAAUUGAUCAUGUAUAUGUCGACACCGUUGGACCACCUGUUUCUUAUCAAAAGAAACUGGAAACUAGAUUCCCUAACAUUAAAUUCACGGUUGCCAAAAAAGCUGAUUCUUUAUAUUGUGUUGUCAGUGUGGCGAGUGUCGUCGCUAAAGUUACUAGAGAUAUUAUUUUGGAGCAAAUGAAAAGUAAUGAAAAUGAAAUUUUGGGUUCUGGAUAUCCUUCAGAUCCCAAGACUACUGCAUGGUUAGCAAAGAAUCAGAAGCAAUUGUUCGCAUGGCCUCAAAGUCUCGUCAGAUUUUCCUGGCAAACUUGUCAAACUUUAAUUAAAGAAGAUAAGCAUAAAAUUGGUAUGGUCCCAAUUGAAUGGGAGGAAGACUACAUAAAUUCAAAAAAAAAUAUGUCCAAACAAUGGACUAAACCAAAGACAGAUAAUAAAAAAAAGGUGAUAACUUUGGACAAUUGGUUUCUAUAA